UUGUGUACUCGGGAGCCUGUUCCCUGGGCGACAGUCAACACAGACAGGACUGCAAAACACAGUUGGGUCCCAGCCUGGAGAGUUCUGUUUCCUGCAGUCACUCUGAGCUCGGGAUCCGGUGGGGGAACCUUGUGCAGGCUUUUCUAGAUUAAGAAAAGAAUCUCUGUCUCUUUUCUCUCUUUUUCUCCUCUCCCGCUUUCCCCAGUCCCCUAUGGGCAGCCAACACACUCGACUCCAAAGAACCACAUCAUCCGGGUACCGACCGCCUCUUACCAGGCCUCUUGCCUCAGUUUCCAGGACCCAGGAUGGCCCUGCAGCAAGCAGGGGUCUUGCUGGUGGUUGCCAGGGUACCGGAGCCCAGGAUGUACAGCAGGACCAGCUGUGGAGGGAGCUUGUGGAAGCCGAAGUUCGAGGCCAGCAGCGUUGGGCUGAGAAUUGGGGUUUUCUGAAAGACUACGACCCUUUGGGAAAUAAGAAGGAGCCUGAGAAGCUCCCUGAAGACGUGCCCUUCUUCUCAAACACACUCCCCAGGUCCACGAGCCAGGAGGUGGGCAGUAGGGUGGACACAGCCCUGGGGAGAGCCCUCACCCACAUGGAUUUCUUCUUUACGGAAGGCACGAGGAAGAAGAAGCUGGAGGAUGAGCUGCAGCCAGUGUAGGGAUCUCAGGACAGACCCCAGCAGAGUGCCAAGAGAGCCGGAAAGAGAGGAUGCCAUACUGUGUCUGUGUGACUCUGCAGGUCGCAGCCAGCCCCCCCACAUAUACUCUGCACCCCACGUACUGCCACCCCCAUCAUGUCUUCAGGCUCUUCAGGAAGCUGUCUGCUUUGACUUUCACUAUCUCACCCAUGGGCUAAGGAAAUGGACAUGGGUCCGGCCACCAGUGCCUUCUGUCUUUGGGACCAGAACAAAGAAGGCUGGAUGCGCCAGGCAGCCAGGCUCCAGGCCUAAGCAUGGGGAAGUAGCACCAAAGCUCCAUGGCCUCACUGGAAAUCCCUAGGGCAGCUCAGAGCCCACAGGCUGGGCAGCACCAGGAGUCCAGAAGGGUCAAGUCCAGAGAGCUAAGGCCCACAGCAGGGCAGGAAGGAGCCCCCUUCACUCUAGACCACUGCUUCUCUGAGCAUCUCUGCCUCCUUCUGCCCUGUGGUAGACGCUACCCCUACUUCCAGUGGUAAAGAAUGACCGCUUGCC